AUGGCCAUCUCGGAAGCAGUAGCUUCUACUAGCCCGCCUCUCGGCGUCGCCCAUCCUAUAUUACGCCUGCCUCACCGUAUACAAUAUCUACUUCCACCCCCUGUCCAAAUGCCAUGGCCCCCUGAUAGCCUCAGCAACCCCGUGGUAGCUUGCCCUCUAUUAUGCAAGAGGCGUCACACAUACUACCCUCCCCAAUGGAAGGAAUUAUAUGGCCACAAGCCUCCAGGCCAUCUCGAACUUACAAAGGAUAAGAAAUAUCACUCGGUCCUAGAGGGUGAGCCUGUGAUCAUCAAUCUCAAUCGUUAUUACCAUGGAUAUGUCCGCAAGCUACUCGCACAUGGCUUCUCUGACAAAAUGUUGAGGGAGCAGGAACUAGUUAUCUAA